AUGAAGAGGCCUGUUCUGAGCAAAGUGUUUCUGCACAAGGAGAGUCACAGUGCAAUCCCUCGCCAUCAACAGAGGGAAGACAGUAAAAAGAAGAAGCACUGGAAAGAAGCUGUGGACAGGGCCUCGUUUGGGACCAGGUGCAGCUUCUACUUAUCAGAGCUGCCCUUAUCCAGUCGGGAGGUUGGGGAAGACUUGCCAGCCACCUCAGAGCUUCUCCAGCCCCAGGCCCCUCUCAACACUGAGGAGCCACACAGUGGCAGUGAGAUUUCCCAGAACCUUCUUACUGGAAAACGUCACAAACAGUGGGGUCAAUGUGGAAAUGCUGCCAGCCACAACCAGAAAGUUGUUCAACAGAGCGUCUGCAAGGGAGAAGUGAAUUAUGCAAGUAACAAAUCUGAAAAAAAUUUUAGAGGAAUCUCUAGGUUCAUUCGACAUAAGAAAGUUCACAGUGGGGAAAAGCCGUAUGAGUGUAGUGAUAGUGCGAAGGCCUUCGGAUAUAAGUUUAACCUGAAUCAACACCAGAGACUUCACACUGGAGAAAAGCCCUAUGUGUGUAGUGAGUGUGGGAAGUCCUUUAGGUAUAUCUCUGUUCUUAAUCGGCACCAGAGAGUUCACACUGGGGAAAAGCCAUAUGAGUGUACUGAUUGUGGCAAGACUUUCAGUCAUAGGUCCAACCUCACUGUACACCAGAGAGGUCACACUGGAGAAAAACCAAAAGAGUGCCAUGAAUGUGGGCAGUCCUUUAGACAAAGUUGUACCCUUACUAAGCACCAGAGAGUUCACACUGGAGAAAAACCGUAUGUGUGUGGUGAAUGUGGGAAGUCCUUCAGACAAAGGCGUGCCCUCACUGAACACCAGAGAGUUCACACUGGAGAAAAGCCUUAUGAGUGCCAUGAAUGUGGGCAAUCCUUUAUAUUAAGGUGUAACCUUACUAACCACCAGAAAGUUCACACUGGAGAAAAACCUUUUAAGUGCUAUGAAUGUGGGAAGUCCUUUAGACAAAGAUUUACCCUUACUGAACACCAGAGAGUUCACACUGGAGAAAAACCUUAUGAGUGCAGUGAAUGUGGGCAGUCCUUCAGACGAAGGCGUGCCCUCACCGAACAUCAGAGAAUUCAC